AUGACUCAGGUCAAAUUUUGUAGUGCACAACGUCUUGAUUCAGUUGAAGAUAAAGUGCCAAAAGUUGAUGAGACGACCCUACCCUAUCAGACUGCCGAAUUCGAGAACGCACUUGUUGAUCUCAGUGGAAAGAGUCGCUUUAUAUAUCGCGAUCUCUAUAUUGGUCCUUUUAAAUUACCAUGCUUUGCAAGUCCUCCCGUGCAACUGUUUAUGGUUUCGCUCGUUUGUUUUCUUUGCCCAGGAAUGUUCAAUGCGCUUGGGGGUCUCGGAGGUGGAGGCAAAGUUGAUACAAAAUUAGCAGACGAAAUGAACGUGGCCCUCUACUCGACAUUUGCUUUCUUUGGCUUUUUCUCUGGCCCAAUUGUUAACUAUCUCGGGGUUAAAAUUACCCUAGCAAUCGGAGGUCUUGGAUAUGGCCUUUACACAGCUUCUCUUUUUGCAUCCACUGUGGUUGAUGGAAACUGCAAAAUCUAUUUUUUCAACAUAUUUAGUGGCGCAUUUCUCGGUUUUUGCGCUGGACUUUUAUGGACAGCUCAGGGAACUAUUAUGGUUUCGUAUCCGCGCGAAAAUCAGAAAGGCCAUUUUUUUGCGUGGUUCUGGGCGAUUUUCAAUAUGGGAGCGGUGCUUGGAAGUCUGAUUCCCCUUGCGCAAAACGUUCAUGUUACUGAAAAUAAAACGAUUGGGCAAAACACAUAUAUUGUUUUCAUGGUCUUGAUGUUUCUAGGCUCUCUCUUAGCUUUGUGCUUGUGUAAUGCCAAGGAUGUUAUUCGUGAUGACUUUUCUCGAAUUAUUUUGAUGCAAAAUCCUACAGCGAAGUCCGAACUACUCGGCAUGCUUGAAACAAUCAAGUUUGAGUGGACAGUAAUUUUACUUUUUCCAAUGUUUUGGUCCUCAAACUGGUUCUACACAUAUCAGCAGAAUGGAAUCAACGCAGCACAUUUUAGUACGAGAACAAAGGCUUUAAAUAGCUUACUUUACUAUAUUUCUCAGAUCCUGGCAGCAUUUUUUCUCGGCUAUUGUCUGGACUCGAAUUAUAAAACCCGCGUAUGGCGAGGUCGCAUUAACCUUAUCUUUAUUUUUAGUUUGACUUGCAUUAUAUGGGGGGUAGGUUAUAUCUGGCAAAGGACUUACACUCGCGAAACGGUCAAUAAUCCGUCCGCUAUUCCAGUUGAUUGGAAAGAGGCUGAAUAUGGAGGGCCCUUGGUACUAUAUAUGUGCUAUGGAGCAUACGAUGCCUUAUGGCAAGCUUCUGUUUACUGGCAUGUAUAUGGGCGCCUUGUCAAACUCUGGCCGACGGACUGCAAAUUAUAUUGGAUUCUAUAA